UGACGCGGUUGAGCUUCCAUGACAACGGCUCUCGCAGCUUUCGCAGUGACGGGACAAGCCUGGAGGUUGAGAUGCACGCAAACGCAUCAAAUAGUUACAAAAGCGGGGAAUGUCGAUGCGACACCGAGAUACGGCAGAUCCACUAUCUUAUCGACAUCUAGUUGUGCUCUAGGUGUAGCAGGCGAAAAUGGGCACGUUAGGUAACAGACGCAGGCUCGGUGGAUCCUCACUCAGGCCGCGACGGUAGAGAAGAUUCUAUAAAUCCAAGGUCAAGCCUCAUCCUUUGCCAACGAACUUUCGAAUUCGAAAUUUUGAACCCUUGCUCUACUCGAAGAUGUCGACACAAUUCGCCACCGACACAACAUCACAGGCCGCCAAAACGGUGGCCUCACAUCCUCUUGCGCCGCUCUCAGAAGCGGAGAUCACGACAGCGGCAAGCAUCAUCAAAGCUUCGUGGCCAGCACCCACAGAUCUACAAUUCAAAGUUGUGACGUUAGAAGAGCCACCGAAGAGCGAGGUCCUGCCGUAUCUGCAGGCAGAACAUAGUGGGAAGACACGACCUACUGUUUCGAGGAAGGCAUUUGUAAACUAUUACAUCAGAAAUACCAACAAGUACCACGAAGCAGUAGUGGAUUUGACCUCUGGUCAAGUAGUACGAAAUGUUCUCCUUGGCCCGUUUGUUCACGCCAACUUCGACGGAGAGGAAAUCAUGGCCAUUGAGAAGCUCGUGUUUUCAGACGAGAAAGUAGAAGCUGAAAUCGCGAAAUUGAACCUCCCAGAAGGCACAGUAGUCGUCACAGACCCCUGGAUCUAUGGCUCUGAUGGUAUCGACGACUCGGACAGGCUGGCACAGUGUUUCCUUUAUUUGAGAGACCCCAAGAAUUCCUCAGAAGCCGACUCGAACCAUUACGCGAUGCCGCUCCCAAUCUCACCUGUUGUCAGCACAGAGAGUAUGAAGGUUGUUCGAGUCGAUAUCAUGCCAACAGGUACGGAUAACACCAUUAAGCCACUUGGGCCGUACAAGAUUCAGCCACCGAACGAGUACAUUCCAGAAGCACAAACUCUGCGAACGGACCUGAAGCCUCUACAUGUCGUCCAACCAGAAGGAGCUAGUUUCCAGGUCAAGCAAGAAGGCAUGUCGAACGUCUUGUCGUGGCAGAAAUGGAACUUCAGGGUUGGGUUCAACCAGCGCGAGGGCAUGGUUCUGUACGACGUCCGAUAUGAUGACCGCAGUCUGUUCUAUCGCUUGAGCUUGUCGGACAUGAACAUUCCUUACGCCGAUCCACGACACCCAUACCACAAGAAGUCGGCUUUUGACCUCGGUGAUGCAGGUGCUGGUAUCAUGGCGAACAACCUCAAGCUUGGGUGCGAUUGUCUUGGGUCGAUCUACUACCUGGAUGCGGUUCUCUCGACCGACAAGGGAGGCGUUAUUGAGAUGCCCAAUGUAGUGUGCGUCCACGAGCAGGAUGCCGGCAUUCUCGCCAAGCACACUAAUUAUAGGACAAACCGAGCAGUCGUCAUUCGAUCGCGGGAGUUGGUGUUGCAGUCGAUCAUCACCGUGGCAAACUACGAAUACAUCCUCGCCUUUAUCUUCGACCAAGCCGGACAGGUGACCUACGAAAUUCGAGCGACGGGAAUAUUGAGCACCCAGCCCAUCGAUGAAGGCAUUGACGUUCCGUUUGGCACCAUUGUCCAUCCCGGCGUACUCGCACCGCACCACCAGCAUAUUUUCAGUCUGCGCGUGGACCCCAUGCUCGAUGGCUCCAACGACAACCGCCUCGUUUACGACGAAGCCCUCCCGAUGCCACGCUCAGACUUCAAUCCCCACGGCACCGGCUACUACGUGCAAGAGACUGUGAUCGAAAAGUCCGGUGGCUACGACACCGCAUUCGAGAAGAACGGCACUUUCAAGAUUCAAAACGCGAGUGUGCGCAACCCCGUCAAUGGCAAGCCCGUUGCGUACAAGAUUCAGGCCCCGCCGUUCCAGAAGAUUUUGUCAGACAAGGACAGCUUCAACUACAAGCGCGCCGAGUUUUCAGACCACAACGUCUACGCCGUGAAGUACAAGGAUAACGAGCUGUACGCUGGAGGACUGUACACCAACCAGUCAAGAGGCGGGACCGGUGUGCGGUCAUGGGCUGAGAGGAACGAGGACAUCAAGGAUUCGGACUUUGUGCUGUAUGUGCAGGCUGGUAUUAACCACGUACCCAGAAUCGAGGACUUCCCGAUCAUGCCAGCUGAGAUCUUGAAGAUUCACAUGAAGCCUGUCAACUUCUUUACUAGGAACCCGGCGCUGGAUGUUCCGCCUAGUGAACAGGGCUUCAACAAGAGUACGCUGCUGAACAAGCAGGAUGGGCAGGCGGAGCAGCAUCACCAGGCGAGUGUAGUGGGAGUAGUCGGUGAGGAUGGGACUUGCUGUACGCCGAAGCUGUGAGGGCUUGCGUUUGUGAACAAUGUUGUUAGACGGUGGCUCUUGAUUAGUCGAAAUAUAUGAAAUCAAGUCACAUUCUUUAAUAGGUAACGCGACUUGGCAAAAAU